CUUUGCCCUCAUGACACAAUAUAACGCAACAUGAAGUCAGAUACCUUGGUACGAUCCAUAGAAUUUACUCGAUAUAAUGACUACAGAAUGCAAAUAGAUAAUUAUUCGUAAAAUUAAAUUCGAUAUUGCCUAUUCUACUCUUUUCCGAGGUUUCUGGUGGCUAACCUUUGUUCGUCGGCGUCGAAAUAACUACUGGUUCAAGACCUGCUUGUGGAAUGUACGUAUCUGUUCGAGCUCUAUCUACUAAAGAAAGACUUGGUAUUCAAAUACGAUACAAAUGAUUCGAGUCGCUCAGUUCAAGGGACGCUAUAUUCUAUCAUCCGGUACGUCCCGUCAUGGCUACAGCCGUAACGAUAAGUUCACCACUGAGUGACUUAGAAAGAGGUGAUGGAACACCCAAAUAUCCUCGAAAGAUCAGUUGUGUACGAGACAUCACUUUUAAAGUCAUUCCCUUUAUUAUCAUGUUGCUUAUCGCCCUCUCUACUGGUGCUAUUCUUGUUAUGACCCUUAGCGAAAACAAGCCGAUGCCCCAUGAACCAACAAUAGUAGUAUCUAUUUUGCUCUUGAUAUUCUUCGUCCUAUUCUCCAUAGGAAUGUGUAUUGUUUAUUUCGCGAAACGUUAUCCACGCCUGAAAAAGGGUUUCGAUGCCCUAGGACGACCGCUUCCAAAGGAGACCACUCAGAAAAGGGGUAGCAAUAGGACUUCCCAAAACUCUGAUUGCGAGAAAGUCGAACCAGGAGUUGAACCUACAAGCCGAUCAAAUAGCCCAGCCGAAUUGGAGCCCGCAGAUCGACCUAAUGAGCAACAUCCAAGUGAUCCACGGCCGCAUGAGCAUCCAUACAGUGUAAAACCCCUUAAACUACCUAGGAAUAAGAAUCUUGAAGGCCACGGCCCGAAGGAACCGGGCAGACCAGUCAAAGAACCGAUACGAAGACGACCUGUUAACAAGGGACGUAGCCCGCUCCAUAAUGAAUAUAUACUUCCGGUGAUCGAGGAGGAGAUUAUGCAGGACUUGCGGACAAAUCGCCAUGAUCCUUCAUACUCGCAGAUGUCGAGUGCGAAUGGGCAUCCAGGAAGACAAGAAAGGCCUACACGUGCAUCAUAUAAUAAUCAACCAGGUACACUAUCUCCAAUGACUCCACCAAAUCAUCGGGCGACCAGGAGUACGGAAAUGGUCAACGGGAAUUCAGGCUCUUCACCGCUUUCAACACCUUCAUCCCUAAUAGCAGGGUACGGAAGAGGGCAAUUUGCGAGUCCUCGUGCAUAUCUCGUACGUAUUCCCGACGACAUGCAGCAGGAGCUUGCACAUAUGAUUCCUGAGAGAUUGGAUCCUGAGAAUUGCCUUUACAUCUACAAACCGCUUCCAAAGCAAAAAACAGAAGUGAAUGGACUAGGGGAUGAGCCAAGACACCAUGCAGGGAGCUUUAAGAGACAGACUUAUAAGUCAACCAUGGGCAUAGAUCUGUUCCGGGCCGAUAUGUUUAGAAAUCGAGGGUCCCGAUUAGAUGAUUCAGAUGGCGUCUUGGUUUCCCCGUCACCACAACCUAGGAAUCCAAUUAAGAAAAGAUCCGGCGUAAUACCUAGUAUUCAUGAAGGCAAAACCAGGAGCGCUCCAAACGAGGAAUGUGAAGUUGAAGGCGACUUGUCGCCAACACCCCAUCAUAUCCAUCCGGCACUCAAGCGAAACGAAGAAAAUCCAAAGAAACAAAACCCUCUAUCAUCUAAACACACGAGCCAAGAAAAGAUUCCCGAUCGCCGUGGAGUAUCCUUCCAGAACCCCUCAACCCAACGAGCAGCACAAACCACAUCAUCACUACGCAACUCCAAGCCUCCUAUAUUCCCCUCACCACCACCCACAGCUAGAACAUCCUACCGCCGAAGCCAUCCGCCUUUGGAAAACGAAGGCAAUCCUUACUUACACUAUGAAAAUUACACAGCGCCUGGUAUUCUGGAGAGACUCGAAGUAAUCAGAGACCGCAUGCGGCGGGCUUUGGUCGGAAUGGACCGGGGAGCAGCAGAGCAACUCCUACGACACUUAGAGGAAGCACAGCUUAACACCUAUUGUGGAAUCAGAUAUCCGGGUCGCCUAUCACCUCGAAUGCCUGUAAGAAUACCGCAACGCAGAAGUAGCAGAAGACUCUACGACCAUUCCGCGGCAAGCCGGAGAACGGCGUCUGACAGCAGCUCAAGUAUUUACGAUGUCUGGUGAUAAUGCGACCGAAGCUUUUUGUACACAAUUCUAGACUGUGUCGGGAUAAAAUAAAGAAUAGAGUGGGGAUAGAAUGUGUAGAUAUAAAUAGAAUAAAGAAACCAUUUACGCCGAGAACGGUACAAUGCGAGGCACGAGAUAUCUUUUUCAUCGGAAAAAUUCAUGAUCUAUUGCAAUCGCGACUACCUAACGCCUAGCACGCCGGUGUAUGACGCGCGCGUAUAUCAUUUAUAAUAGGGACUAUGAUGGGAUUAAAUGCUCCUACGUAGUCUGUCCCAGAACGAACCACCACUAGCCUUUACCGGCUGAGUCGGUUCUGGAGACAAGAUAACCGUAUUCCAUUUAUUCACGCCGUCGAUAUAGACGGUGUACUUCAAACUGCUCUGCUCGCCCUGAGCGAACUUUUCGAUCGUAAUUGCGCCAAAUUUGGAGUUACCCGCAUUUAUAUACCUGUUGAUAUUAGUGUGCUGCUAAC